AUGUCUGCUUUUGUCGGCAAGUACACAGAGGAGCUGAUCAAGACGGCUAAGUACAUUGCAACACCGGGAAAGGGCAUUUUGGCGGCAGACGAGAGCACUGGAACCAUUGGGAAACGAUUCUCGAGCAUCAAUGUUGAGAACAUUGAGUCCAACCGCCAAGCUCUACGUGAGCUCCUCUUCACUUCCCCUGGCGCUCUCCCUUGCCUCUCCGGCGUUAUCCUCUUCGAGGAAACCCUCUACCAGAAAACCUCUGAUGGCAAACCCUUUGUCGAUUUCCUCCUGGAGAACGGAGUUAUCCCUGGAAUCAAAGUGGAUAAGGGCGUGGUUGACCUAGCAGGGACCAAUGGCGAGACCACUACUCAGGGUCUAGACUCGCUUGGUUCACGUUGCCAGGAGUAUUACAAAGCAGGAGCCCGGUUUGCAAAAUGGCGUGCAGUCCUCAAGAUUGGGGCCACCGAGCCAAGCGAGCUGUCUAUUCAAGAGAACGCCAAGGGACUAGCCCGCUAUGCCAUCAUUUGCCAGGAGAAUGGACUGGUCCCUAUCGUGGAGCCAGAGGUGCUGACGGACGGGAGCCACGACAUCAAGAAAUGUGCUGCAGUGACGGAGGCGGUUCUUGCUGCGGUGUACAAGGCCUUGAACGACCACCACGUCCUCCUCGAAGGCACUCUGCUUAAACCUAAUAUGGUUACUCCCGGCUCCGACAGCGCUAAGGUUGCACCAGAAGUGAUCGCGGAAUACACGGUGAAUGCUCUCCGUCGCACAGUCCCACCAGCGGUUCCAGGAAUCGUGUUCCUCUCAGGCGGACAGAGCGAAGAGGAAGCAACGCUAAAUCUGAAUGCGAUGAACAAGCUUGAUGUGUUGAAGCCAUGGACGCUCACUUUCUCCUUUGGUCGAGCCCUCCAGCAAAGCACCCUCAAGGCUUGGGCCGGUAAGACCGAGAACGUAGCCAAGGCUCAGGCCACGUUCCUGGCUAGGUGUAAAGCGAACUCGGACGCUACCCUCGCGAAAUACAUUGGCGGGACUUCCAAUGACUCUGCCGCCUCUGAAAGCUUGUUUGUGAAAGGAUACAAGUACUAA